UGGUUCCCAGAUUGGAUGUCUGAGCUUGAUCUUCCCUUCCAUGAAUGUGAAGUUCUACAAUUCUGUUUUGUUUGCCACUAUAAAGAAACCCCGCAGCAGUACUUUGUAGCUAAACUUUCUGCAUUCCUAUUUAGUGAUGGAACUGAUGGCUGGGAGAAAGGUAUUCGCUAUGCAGAAGGCCAGAACUUGGCCAGAUACCUGAUGGAAGGACCAGCAAGUCACAUCACACCAACCAAAUUUGCUACCAUCAUUGAGGACAAAUUGAAAAGCUUCAGCAAUGUGACUGUUCAUAAAAGGGAUAAAUCUUGGAUACAGGCGCAAGGAAUGGGAUCGUUUUGGAGUGUUGCAAAAGGCUCUGAUGAACCCCCAGUCUUUUUGGAAGUCCACUACCAAGGCAGCAGCAACCCCAAAGAAGCUCCAUUGGUAUUUGUUGGAAAGGGGAUCACUUUUGAUAGCGGUGGCAUUUCCAUCAAGCCUUCCGCCAAUAUGGACGCCAUGAGAGCAGAUAUGGGAGGUGCGGCCACCAUUUUUUCUGCCAUUGUCACAGCUGCAGAGUUAAGGUUACCCAUUAAUCUAAUUGGUUUGUCCCCCCUUUGUGAGAACUUGCCCAGUGGGAAGGCAAAUAAACCCGGAGAUGUUGUGACAGCCAUGAAUGGAAAAACAAUUCAGGUUGACAACACAGAUGCAGAGGGAAGACUGGUGUUGGCUGAUGCUCUUCACUAUGCACACAGUUUUAAUCCAAGGGCAAUUUUAGAUGCUGCAACAUUAACAGGUGCCAUGGAUGUAGCGUUAGGUUCGGCAGCUACUGGGGUUUUUACCAAUUCACAGCAGCUGUGGCAUCACCUGUAUGAGGUAAGAUACGAUAGAGACAAUUGAUUUCAAGAUGGGUGC